AUGCAGGUUGCCAACGCUGAAGCUAUUGGCACUGCUCUUGAAGCACGAGAAAAGGCCCUAGUCUGGAAACAGGACCUGCGGAUUGUUCCUCUAUGUGCUGCUAUUUACUUACUUUGCUAUCUUGAUCGGUCAAAUAUCGGAAAUGCCAAAAUUCUUAACUCGGAUACUGGCAAUGACCUAUUAACGGAGACGAAUAUGACCUCGUAUCAAUUUACAAUCGCAUUGAUGGUUUUCCUCAUUGCAUAUGCACUGUUUGAAGUACCCUCAAAUUACUUCUUGAAGAAGCUCAAGCCAAGCCGUUGGAUUUCCUUCCUUAUGCUCUCAUGGGGUGCUACAACCAUGGGACUUGGAGGUGUACACAACUACGCUCAAGUAACCGGCUUACGAUUCCUCCUAGGCGUAAUGGAAGCAGGUCUGUUUCCUGGUUUCGUCUACUACCUAACAUUUUGGUACCGCAAUUCAGAGCGAUCUAUCCGUGUAGCCCUAAUUCUUGCCUCAGCAACUUUGGCCGGAGCCUUUGGUGGAGCUAUCGCAUUUGGAGUUGGUCAUAUGAAUGGUGCUCAUGGUCUUUCUGCUUGGAGGUGGCUAUUUAUUAUUGAGGGAGCACCGUCAUGUGCGUCUGCCGUUUUGGUCUGGUUCUUUCUACCGGACUACCCCGAGACUGCAAGGUGGCUUUCUAGUAAAGAGAAGGAGCUUGCAGAGCACCGUUUGGCCAAGGAAGGAUCGAAAGGCUCUGCUAGUGCCAUGUCAUGGGAGGAUGCAAAGGGCACGCUGACGGAUUGGAGAUUAUAUGCUCAUUAUGCGGUAUACUUCGGUAUAUCUACACCAUUCUCGAGUCUUUCUCUUUUCACACCAGCUAUUACUUCUGGCUUGGGGUACUCCGAUCUACGUGCUCAGUUGAUGACCGUGCCUCCGUAUGCGGUAGCCUACGUUGUGACUGUGAUUGUGGCUUGGUCUGCAGACCAUUUCAACAGCCGUGGUCUCCAUUCCGCUGUUUUCUCUUUCAUUGGUGCAAUGGGCUUUCUCGCAUCUGCUGCUUUGCCUGCCAGUUCCUACCAGAGUCGCUAUGGAUGCCUCAUCGUUGCAGCUAGCGGUUCCUUUGCAUGUAUUCCACCGUUACUAGGCUGGCUCUCCUCAAACCUCCGUACAACUGCAGGGGCAGGACUCGCAAUUGCACUGAAUGUUUCAUUCGGCGCCCCAGGCCAAAUUGUUGGAGUGUGGAUUUAUAAGAGCGACGAAGCAAAGAAAGGGUACCCGACAGGCCAUUGGACCAACGCAGCGUUGCUGUUGUUCGUGACAGCUGGCUGUAUUCUAUUGAGGCUUUACUACGGCUGGAGGAAUCGCCGCGGAGAUGGGGCAAGGGAUGGAACCAGAUUCGCAUACUAG